UGCUACAAUACCAGUUUUCUACAAAUAAUGUGCGACGUUAUGUAGCUCUGUGACAUAUUGUCAUUGAGUAUCAUCGAAUCUCCACAGUGCACGUCGGACAAUUAAAACUGCAUUUCCCACAGUUCCGUGUUGUCGCUCGCUGUCCCCCUCGCUACUACUUCCUCCUGCCUUGCGCAAGCUCACAUCGUAGUAGAAUGCGGAUUUCCAAGCUAAUCGGAGUAGCUAGCCGUUAAGCUAAAAACAAGCGUCUUGUUGUUAAGCGUCAAACUGGGAAAAUGUCUAAAGCGCACCCGCAGCCGCCGUCGUCCUCGGCGGCGGCGACCACCGGGGGCCCCUCUUCUUCCUCCUCGUCUUCGCCCGCGGGGGGCUCGACGUCUCCCGCAACCGUGUUGAACGUACAGCCCGAGAAACCUCAACAUUACACAUAUCUGAAGGAGUUCAGGACGGAGCAGUGCCCCCUGUUCGUACAGCACAAAUGUACACAACACAGGCCCUUCUCCUGCUUUCACUGGCACUUCCUGAACCAGCGGCGGCGCAGGCCCAUGCGCAGGCGGGAUGGGACGUUCAACUACAGCCCCGACGUCUACUGCACCAAAUUCGACGAGGGGACGGGCACCUGCCCCGAUGGAGACGAAUGCCCAUUUCUACAUCGGACGGCGGGUGACACAGAGCGCCGAUAUCACCUACGCUACUAUAAAACGGGUUCGUGUAUCCAUGAAACCGAUGCAAAAGGCCACUGCAGUAAAAAUGGCUCCCACUGUGCCUUUGCACAUGGAUCGCACGACCUGCGCAGUCCUGUCUAUGAUAUCAGAGAAGUGCAAGUGAUUGAGUCUCAGGGUGGCUCGGGGGCCUCGGAGGGAGGCGGAGGCGACGGGCAGUCGGGACAGGCAGCAAGUACUGCCCUCAUAGAGAAGAUCCUGAGCGAGGAACCACGCUGGCAAGAUAACAACUACGUGCUGUCCCACUACAAGACCGAGCUGUGUAAGAAACCACCCCGCCUGUGCCGUCAAGGUUAUGCCUGUCCGUAUUACCAUAACAGCAAAGACCGGAGGCGCAGCCCGCACAAGCACAAAUACAGAGCGCUGCCAUGUCCAGCGGUGAAGCAGAGCGAAGAAUGGGGAGACCCCAGUAAAUGUGAGGGAGCAGAGGGGUGUCAGUUCUGUCACACACGAACAGAGCAACAAUUCCACCCGGAGAUCUAUAAAUCCACAAAGUGCAAUGACAUGCAGCAGUGCGGCAGCUGUCCCAGAGGGCCCUUCUGUGCCUUUGCUCAUGUAGAAAAGCCCUUUGUUCCAGACGAACCAUUGUUCCCCAUCCCCAGCUCCCCUCCACCCCCCAGACCUCCUGACCCUGUCCCUGCCCAGGAGGCCUCCUCGAGCCCCAGCAGACUUAACAUGGGGCCAGGGCCCGGCUCUGUUUCAGACCCCUUUUCCCCGUCUGUAGGGUCAUGUAUGGCAGAGCAGGGGCUGCUGGGUAGUGUUCUGUCCAUGUGUGAGGAAGCGAGCGGAGGUGCUGAGCCUCUGUCCCCCUGGGCAGGAGAAGGAGGGUAUGGCAGGGCACCUGGGUUUGAGAGGGAGGAUCAGGCCAAGCAUAGGAGCUUUGCACUAGAGCAGCGUAACAGAGGAUUAGCAUCAGCACAAAGCAAACAGGACUUGUUGGUGUUUUUGCCAGUGGGCAGCCCUUUGAGUCUGUCCUCCAGCAUCCCCUCCAGUCUGGCUGCCACCCCACCUAGCCCAGCACCCCUCGGACCCCCAGGGUCUAGCCUCUCCUCUGGCAUGAAUGCCAACGCCCUGCCCUUUUACCCCACCAGCGAGACUGUGGAGUCAGUCGUUGAGUCGGCCCUGGAUGAUCUUGACCUGAACGAUUUUGGUGUGUCGGCAUUGGAGAGGAGGUUGGAGAGCGGCUCUGCCCUGCCCAGUGUGGGAGUGGUGCUGGGAGGUAGCCAGCUCCAGAGUUCUGCCCCAGUCAACAUCCCAGGGUCCUUUAGCAGCUCCGCUCCUUUCAGCUCCCCCUCACCAUCCCCUCCGAUCCGGCCGCACGCUUCACCAUUCUUUUCUGCUCACCUGUCUCAACCCGGCCAAUCAGAGAGCACCUUCCUGGGGCCGUCUCAUGGCUCUUUAGGUCUCAAUGGUAUGAGCACUAACAUCUGGGAGCACUUUCCAUCAGGCCAGGGUUCCCCCGGUACACCCCCCACCCUGCUGCUCUCUGGCCCCUGUGCAGAGACCGCCAGGCUCAAACAGGAGCUGGAGGAAGCUCACAGGGCACUGAAGCAGUGGGGUCACAGCUGGAGACACACAGCUCAGUCCUGGGCCGCGCUGAAGGCAGACGCGGAGGAGUCUCGUGCCCACGCGGCGCGGUUAUCCAUGGAGGCAGAGAGGGCCAGGCAGGCUGAGGAGGAGGCACAGAGGCAGGCCACUCUCCUGCAGGAGGGGCUGGAGAGCUUAAGGAGCGGAGACAACCCCCAUCUAGCGCUGCACCAAUUGCAGCUUCUACACAGGCUGCCAAUGGAGUCAGUCCUCAGUUUGCAGGCGCAGCUCUGUAGCUGCUUACACGCUGUAGAACAGGUGGUGUACAGGAAGCAGAGGCAGUGCUGCGUGACGUGUGGCGAGCCGGGAUCAGUGUCGCUGCCCUGCGGCCACGGUCUACAGUGCGAGAGCUGCUCCAGCUCGGCAGAGUGCCCGCUCUGCCCCGAACAGACCCUGGAGCAGCAGCUCUCUUGACCCCACAACCCAGUCAGACCACCACUGAUUGCAGACCAGUUGGUCCUGAUUCCAAUAGAUACCAGCCUUGGCUCUCAGCCGCCAUUCAGAAUUCACGUUGAGGUCGCUUUAAUAACACGGUAACAGUUCCAACACGGAUCCGGUUUAGUAUUUUUAAGAUGACCCUUACUGAUGAAUGACCAGCCCCAUGGGCGCUGGCCACACAGUGAAAGCUCUUCGGGAGGAAUUUGGAAUGAACAAUUUCUCCAGUGUUACCCAUGGAACACCAUUACAUUUUACGAGUUAUUGCUCUUGACCAGCAACACUGUUCUUAACCCCCCCUGUUCUUGAUUUGUGAAAGUAUCUUCAAGACCUGCUGUUACUUAUUCACUAACCCCGAAAAACAAACACAUAUAGUUCUUAAUCAGGUGUUGAUGUUUUAAAGCAUGAGCUCACGCUACACAUUCAGAAAACUGGGUGUUUCCUCUCCAUCUGGAUAGUUCCCGUGGGGUUUGCUGAGGUUUAAAGAUGUUCGCUGUCACUUGAUUUCAAGAGUUUUGCAUUUGUUUGUAUUCUGGCACUUAAAGCCAGUGUUAAAAUUUUGUUACUAAAGUUGCAAACCGCAACUAAGUGAGCAGCUGACAGGGGCACUUUAAAAGUUGAACUCGGUUCUUUGUUGCAGGUGAUUAUACAUAUAUUAACAAGUCAUGGACAAUAUAUUCAAUUUCUGUGAAUAAGUUCUAAAUAUUACACAUUGUAGCUUUUAAGUUCCGAAGCAUUUCGCAUUAAGCUGAACAGUUUCUUUCCAGAAAUCGAGACAGUUUCAAUGUGAUAAACCACAGUUCUCAUAAACCUUAAACCUCUGAAUCCACAGUCCUCCAUAGUUAGUGGAGUACAACCACUAACUGCAUAUGCUGUAUAUGAAUGAAGCAUACUAGUUUUGACUCAUGGGUGAGGUAUAAUUAAGUUGGGCGUGGUUGCCUGGUAUAAUUGGUUAUCAUUUGUUGAAGAGGAGGCUUAUUUAGUUGUGUGACAGCGAAGAACUCAGAACUGUCUAGAUGGAUCUGAUUACACACCCUAUAUGUAUUUAGGUGUUUCAGGGUGUUGGGCCAUCUUAAAAAGAUCAAUCAACAGGUCUGACUGAAAACAGUUGAAGGGCAUAUUUAGUUUCAUCCUGACAAUAACCCUAUAAUGCUACAGCCAAACGGGGCUCAUACCAGUCUGCUGGUAGCGCUUGUCUAGAAUUUUUUAUAAUUUUUUUUUUUUAGCUAAAUAAAUUUAAUUAAAAUUACUGUUAAAUAAUGACAAAUUAUUUAAAAAUUGAGUAAUAUUUGUUUCAGUUUCCAACAGAUGGCCUCUUGUAACGCACUCAGGUUUUCUCCGGUGGUCUUCUACAUAGACUGGAAGAGGAGAGCAUGUUAACACAAUCAAGGCAAAUGUACUCAGUCAACUUGUGUAGUCUUUGAAAUUACAUUGUUUUAAUUUUUACUUAAAUGCAUUUCAUGUUCAACUCAAACAUACAUGUUCUUUUUUGCUCUCUUUUUUUUUUUACCAGCCCCCUUUGAUGUGUUUAAAUCAGUGUGACAGGUUUCUCUGCCAACGGUUUUACAUUUGUAGUAAUCUUUGACAUUUCAGUGUCAAAUGUAGUCUUAUAUAUAUAUAUAUAUAUAUAUAUAUGUAUAUAUAUAUGUGUGUGUGUGUGUGUGUGUGUAUAUAUAUAUAUAUACACACACACACACACAUACACACAUACCCAUAGUUAAGUGAUGUCAUACUUGUCUUUUGCACUGAUUAGACUAACCAUCAGGAAGCAAACAGAUCUGUAAAGGAUGUCUAAGGUUUGAAUGCAGGUGUGAACAUGUUCGUGAUCACUGUGAUGGUCUCUGGUAAUAACCCAUACUCGGCAUACUGUCCACACACAACUUAUCCAACACCAGUGUUUCCAUCUGAGUGGAUUUUCUUUUUUUGUUUUUGGUACAGAUCAUUAAAACAAAUUGUAUAUUUUUGGAGGAA